AAUGGUAACUUCGGUAGAUCCCUAAUCGUUUGGUUGAAUUUUUUAAGCGCUCCUACAUUUCGUGAAUCUUUGAAAAUCAUUUUUGAAAAUUUAUCUUGCCCAGCAGGUAUUCUAUCAGAUGUCACCCACUCUGAUGAUACCUGCAACAAAUCCAACAGCACCAAUGGAACAAGGAAGACCUUUAUCACAUAAUCAGCAGCCAGUUUCAGCCAAUGGCUUAAACAAAAACAACAAUUAUGGCAAGCGUCUAAGGUUAGAGGACGUUACACCACCAACUGAUGUAGACAUAUCGGGGUUUAAAUAUGAUCCCAAUAACCAGAACAGGUAUGCAAUGUUUGCAGAUCUGGAAUUUGAAAAUAUUCAACAAGCACCGCAAACCAAUAACAUUGAUCCAAAACAGUCACCUCAAAAAGAAAAGACAUCUUUUUGCCCACCAAUAUUUUUAUAUAAUAUUAAUGUCCUACGCCUAAUUAAACAAUUAGAGGAUAAGUCGCCACCAAUUAAUUUCAAAAUAAAAAAUGUUGGUACAAAUAAAUGCAAAUUAUAUCUCUCUGAUCCCACAGCCCACACUGCUAUGCUAGAGACUCUUCGUGAAAAGUCUGUUCACGCAUACUCCUUUACACCAAAAGAAUUAAAGCAGGUGUCAUUUAUAUUAAGGGGACUGUGUCAUGGCGUUGAAGCUGAAUAUGUCAAAAAUGCCUUGGAUGAAGUAUUGCCCGAAGUUAUUUCCAAGGUAUCAAAAUUCAAAACUUCCAGAUCAAUUAAAAAUAAUUUGGAUACUGGUCUUUUCUUGGUGACGCUUAAUCCUGGUAAAUCAUUAAGCGAUAUUUCACAUAUUAAAUAUCUACAUAAGCAAUCGCUCACAUGGUCAAAUACAAUGUCGCAGGUGCCAAAAACUGCGGCUCUCAAUAUAAUUGCGUAA